AUGUCCACAUCAACCACCAUGGAGUGCCUCAAGGAUAACUUCGUCAAGGGUCGCCUUCUGGACGGUCGCUUCCGGACUGUGGCUCCCCUCAACCAUGGAUCCUUUGGCAUGGUGUUCCUUGCAACCGACAUCACAACUGGAAAUGACGUCGCCAUCAAGUGCCUGACCAAGUCGACUUCCACCGACUCGUCAGUUCCGGAAGACCGGUUUGAGGAAUUGGAGUGCCACCAGCGCUUCGGCUUCCACUCAAACUUGGUCAACUUGAUUCACAACUUUGAGACGGAACACCAUACUUAUCUUGUUUUGGAGUACUGUGCCAAUGGAGAUCUCUAUGAAGCUAUCCGCCUGAAUCGCGGCCCACUUGAGACUGAGCAUGUCCGUGACUUUAUGUUCCAGUUGAUCAGUGCUAUCGAGUUUAUGCAUGCCAACGGUAUCUAUCAUCGUGACAUCAAGCCAGAGAACAUCUUCUUGACCCACGAUGGUGAUAUGAAACUUGGUGACUUUGGUCUUGCUACUCGAGAGCCAUGGUGCUAUGAGGCCUGCGUUGGCAGCGACCGCUAUAUGGCUCCUGAGCAGUACGAGCCUGGUGCUUCCGGCUACUCCCCCGCUCAGGCUGACAUUUGGUCUGUGGGUAUCUGUUUGUUGAACAUUCUGUUUGCUCGCAACCCCUUCGUUUCACCUACCGAGUCUGAUGUGCUCUUUGCGGAUUAUGUGCGUGACCGUCAGUCACUGUUUGACAUUUUCCCCAACAUGUCUCAGGAUACCUUUGAGAUCCUGACUCAUUGCUUGGCCAUUGACCCCAGCAAGCGCUCGUUGGCUGAGGUCCGUCAGUGCAUCUUGCGUGCAAUUUCCUUUACUACUGAUGAUGAGUCACUGGAUGAGUUCUGUACCGAGGACCGUGAGGUGGUUGCUGCCACCGUCAACCGCGAGCCUCUCCGUACUCCCUCUAUCCAGAGCCCGCAUGCUAUCCGCCAGCUGUCUGCUAUUCCCGACAACGAGAGCUAUUCCGAAGACCUGUUCCCUCCAUCGGAGGUUGCCGGAACCUCGUGGUUCUCUGUCCGUGCAGACACCUCGUCGAUGGCCUCAGUGCUGGACUCCGCCAUGGGCGAGUCAUUCCGCUCCCUCCACCUUGGCCGAAAGCACGAAUCUCCAAAGCUUCCUCGCUCGGAUCCGGUCCCAAUCACUGGAUCCCUCCCCAGCCAUGCUUCUAAACCCCUGCCAUCCCUGUCGAUGGUGUUUGGCAAGCAUGCGAAUGAUCAAAUUUCCAAGAGCUGGAGUGAUCUCUGGGACGAGGAAGAGUCGGAGAAUGAAGAAUCCGCACUUCAGCUGCGCCGUGAGCAGAACUCUCGUAGCUGGAGCCAGGAAAGCCAGACGACCCACCUCCCGGAUCCUCUGGCGGGAUUGCGCGAGCCGGACUCCGCUUCCCCUACCCAACAAAUCCAUCUCUCGGAUAAUCAGCCGACCGCCCCCCGUGCCAUCCGCGCCAAGUCUAUCGAUGUCGACAGUGAUGCUGGGACUUCCAACAGCACUCCUCGUCCAUUCCAUCAGCCAUCCUCGCCUCCCAAGAAGGUCUCCCCCAACGUUGACAAGUGGGCUGCCUUGGGAGACAAGCGCCGCAACUUCAAGACCCGCGAGCUCUUUGGUCCACAGAGAGCUUCUAACAAUUGGCGCCGCGAUUGGGGUCUUGGAUCUUCGGGAUUCGAUCAUGGAUCCCGGACCAAGCCCGAGUCUCCUCAGUCCGAGCGUCGCCGUCGUUUCUUCCUUGAGAAGGAUUGGCGUCGCGAGGGCGGGGAUGCUCACAAGCAUUCACCCCAUCAUUCGCCUUUGAAGUUCUCGGCCUAUGAUGGAAGUAUCGACGAGGACCUCGAUCUUAUCGGCGGAUGGCACGACCUCCACCUGUAG